CUGCACCGUAGGCUAUAAAAGGAAAUGCUCGGCCAUUGCACGUCGCAUUUGACCGGAUGAAUAUUAAAAAUGCAAUUGGUGAACCUCCUGUGGAUAGGUCUGCUGACGUUUCCGCAGGCAUUCGCCUUGGAUGCAUGUGCAGGACAAAAAUUUGGAUAUAAAGCCGUCGAUCCAGCAGAUCCUCAUGCAUACUACUUAUGCUUCGGCUUACUGGGAAAAAUAAGAAACAAUUGCGCUGAGGGCUUUCGAUUUAAUGUGAAAUCACAGAACUGUGCACAAGUCCCGCAGUCAAGCAUUCAACUCAAAAAUGCAGGCAAUGGCGUUCGAAAUGAGUUCAACAUCAAUCAAAACAUAACCAUGGACAGGCCGAUUAUAUUUAACAUCUUUGGUGGUCUGUGGAAUAAGCCACCAAUACCACCUUUCUUUCCACCAAAACCCACUUUCCGCCCACCUACGCCACCGACAAUUGACGUCUCGUCGACUGAAAGCUCAAGCUCCAGCUCCGAGGCCUUAUCUACGGAGAGUCCAAGUUCCAGUUCGGUAGCCUCAUCUACGGAAAGCUCAAGCUCUAGCUCUGAAGCCUCAUCAACUGCGAGCUCAAGCUCCAGCUCUGAGGCCACAUCUACGGAAAGCUCAAGUUCCAGCUCUGAGGCCUCAUCUACUGAGAGUUCAAGCUCUAGCUCUGAAGCCUCUUCUACUGAAAGCUCAAGUUCUAGCUCUGAGGCCUCAUCUACUGAGAGUUCAAGUUCCAGUUCCGAAGCAUCAUCUACUGAGAGUUCAAGCUCCAGUUCUGAAGCCUCAUCUACUGAGAGUUCAAGCUCCAGCUCAGAGGCAUCAUCUACUGAGAGUUCAAGUUCCAGCUCUGAAGCCUCAUCUACGGAAAGCUCAAGUUCCAGUUCUGAGGCCUCAUCUACUGAAAGUUCAAGUUCUAGCUCUGAGGAUUCAUCUACUGAGAGUUCAAGCUCAAGCUCUGAAGCCUCAUCUACUGAGAGUUCAAGCUCUAGCUCUAAAGCCUCAUCUACUGACAACACUGAGGAUACGACUGAGAGCUCAACUUCAAAUUCUGAGAACUCAACUACUGACACCUCAGAUUCUACUUCCGAGGACUCGACGCAGAGCUCCAGUUCCAGCUCUGAUAACCCAUUUACUGACAGCUCAAGUUCUAGCUCAGAGCCAAUAUCUACUGACAGCUCCAUUUCAAGCUCUAGUUCGCCUGAGAGCUCUACUUCUGAAGAUGCUGAUCCAUCAGAAAGUUCUACGGACAGUCUAAUUACUAGUUCUGAAGAAUCAUCUACUUCAGAAGAAACUGAUCCGGCAGAGAGUUCUACCGAGGCAUCACUAACUUCUUCGAAAGAAACUGAGACCGAGGAUACCAGCUCCUCAGAAAAUCCGAUUGAUGAAACCACUGAAAGUGAAGACACAAAUUCAUCAACUAGUGAAACCCCACUUCUGUCGAAGCCCAUACGAGCUGAUGUGGGAAAGCUUGGUAAGAAAUUGGAGAAUAUUUUAUGGAUUCCAACAGAGGUAGAAGCAGCCGAUUCCGUUUCAGAGUUUGACAAAAGCGCGCCUUGUGCCCUUCUCCCAAGUGGAGCAUAUCUAAGGGAUCCAAUGUCCUGUGCCAACUUUUAUGUCUGUGCUAAUGGGCGCGCUAUUCUGCGAAAGUGUCCGAGAAAUUUGUACUUUGAUAUUGAAAGUAAGGUGUGCAACUUGCCCAACCUUGUAGACUGCUCUCAGCAACAAGAAUCCAUAUCCAUUCCAAAACUAUUGACAUACAGCUUUGGCAAUACUGUUGGCAGUAGCAUAGGGACGACACAAUCAGAUGAAGAUGUCAUAGAAGAUAGUUACCUAGCUGAUAAUGAAUUGUCGACAUCUCUUGAUAGCUCAGCUCUAACCACCGAAGAUCUGGACGAUGAGUUAGAAGAAGACUCAGAAACUUCAGAGUCACCAACGUUAGUGUACACAGAAGAGGAUAUCUUCGACUUUGAUGUAUUCGACACCAAUGAUUGGGAAGACACUACUUAUUUUGACGAAGAAUCCAUUUGCAGCUCGCAGCCAAAUGGUGUGCAUCUGAGACAUCCAAACUCAUGCAGUAAGUUCUACAUAUGUGCAAGUGGGCGUGCCGUUUUGCGAAGUUGCCCAUCCAGCCUGUAUUUUGAUAUAAAGAAAAGAGUUUGCAAUUUCCCUGCUGCUGUUGACUGCAGUAUUAACGAAGACGAAAGUGGAAAUGACGAAGAUCCAUCCCUGCUGACCGAUAAACUGCCCAAAUACUUAUCAAAUACACUUAGAAGAGCAAAGUCUCCCAAAACACGUAAAAUAGACAGUGUUACAUCAGGCAGCAACUCUAUUCAAGGCUCUGCAACAAAGAUGGAGCAAACCAAGUUAUCUUCACCUGAGAUUCUAAAAACUAACAAUGCGGCACUAUCCUCAGCGAAAUCUGAUAUCUUAUCUUCCCAGAACUCAAAUUCACCAAAAGAGCAAGGCAAUCUCAAUAACGAUCUUAUACAUAAAGGAACGGUAUCUUCAACGAAUAAAGUUAUCUCAAAGGACACAUCAGAUGUAAAGCAAAGUCAAAGCAAACUUUCUGUAUCUGAGAGCCUCAAAUCUAAGGAUACGCCACUACCUUCACCGGGAACGUAUCUCCCCAAGGAUCAAAAUAAAUUCGAUAAGGAUCUGACAUCUAAAACAGCAGUAUCAUCAUCAACGAAGACCGUUAUCGCAAAAGACACAUCAGACGUAACGCAAGUACAAAGCAAACUGUCUGUAUCUGAGAGCCUCAAAUCUAAGGAAACGACACUAGCUUCACCAAUAAUUCUCUCCAAGGAUCAAGGGAAACCAUAUGUAGCUCAGAAUCUGAAAGCUGAUCUACCAAAGGAGCAAGGUAAACAAGAUAAGGAUCUGAUAUCUAAGGCAGCGGUAUCAUUAUCAACAAAGACUGUUAUCGCAUCGGACACCUCAGAAUUAAAAAAUGAGCAAAGCAAACUUUCUGUAUCCGAGAGCCUCAAAUCUAAGGAAACUCCACUACCUUCACCAGGAAAGUAUCUCUCUGAGGAUCAAAAUAAACUCGACAAAGAUUUGACAUCUAAAACAACAUCAUCAUCAACGAAGACCGUUAUCGCAAAAGACACAUCACAAGUAAAGCAAGAGCAAAGCAAAUUGUCUGUAUCUAAGAGCCUCAAAUCUAAGGAAACGCCUCUGCCUUUACCAAUAUUGGUUCAAUCCAAGGAUCAAAGCAAACAAAAUAUAGCUCAGAGUCUGAAAGCAGAUCUAUCAAAAGAUCAGGGAAAGCUAAAUAAGGCUCUGAUAUCUAAGGCAGCGGUAGUAUCUUCAACGAAAAUUAUCGCAAAGGACACUUCUGAAGUAAAGCAAGAUCAAAGCAAAUUAACUGAUAGUCUCAAAUCAAAGGAAAUAGUACCAACUUCAUUGAAGACGGAUCUUUCCAAGAUCCAAGACAGCCCUGAGAAAAAAGAAUCUAACAAUGUGAUAUUGCCUCCAACGAAAUCAGAUAUUUCAAAAAAUAAUACAUCAGGAGUCAUCCAAAAGAUAUCCGAAUCUAAGCAAGGACAAAACCAAUUAUUAGGGCCUACGGAAUCAAAGGAUCAAAUGAGUACAUCUGUAGUUGAGAGCCUGAACUCUAAUGAAAAGGAAUUGCUCUUGAUGAAAUCAAUUCUUACAAAAGAUGUAUCCAAAUCAAAGGAAGAGCUAUCUAAAGUUGAGAGUGCAAAGUCUAGCGAAACGGUUUUACUUUCAACAAAAACAGUUACUUCAAAUAAGAUUUCUAUACCACAGCAAGGCAAGGAACUUAUGCCGAAAUCUGAUCUGACGGAUAGUAAGUCUUCUGUACAGCAUGACCCAACAAAGCCAUCUCUUGCUGUAAGUCUGAAGUCUAGCGACGCAGUCCUGUCAAAUGAGAAAUCGAGUCAAAAUCUAGAGCAACGGAAACUACCUGUAUCUGAUAAUCUAAAAUCUAAGCAAACGUAUUCACCUUCUACAAAAUCGGAUCUCUCAAAGGAGCAAAUCAAACCAGGUAAAAUUGUGGAUGUGAAAUCUAACAAGACGGUAAUACCCUCAGAGAAAUCAAACCUCUUCAAGAACACGCCAAAACCAGAGGACAAACAUUUCAAGCCAACUGUAGUUGAGAAUCUGAAGCAUAAGGAGAAGCAAUUAUCUUCAACGAAGUCGGAUCCUCUGAUGAAGCAAGUGCAAAGCAAACCAUCUGUAGAUGAAAAUCUCAAGGCUCAGGAGAUGAGUCUAGCCCAAUCGAAAGCAGAUCUCUCGAAGACUACGUUAAAAGCAGAGCAAAACAAAACCAAACCAACUACGGGACUAAAAUCUAAGGAAACAGUAGUGCCAGCCGCAAUUGUUGAUCUCUCUAAAGAAGCAUCACAACUAAAGAUGGUACAAACCCAACCAGCUGUAGGCUCGAAUCUAAAAUCCAACGGAAAGGUAUUAUACUCAACGAAAACGGAUCACUCGAAGGAACAUGACAUUCCAUCUGCAGCUGAGGCUCUGAAGUACAUUGAAAACCUUAUAUCUUCCACACUAUUUGAUCUUUCAAAGAACGCAUCGGCUUUAAAGAACCUACAGAUUGUGUCCAAAGCAGAAAACAUAAUUGUGCCUUUGGAAGACGCGAUUGACUCGAAAUGUAGUUCUUUACCUAAUGGUGCUUUUAUAAGAGAUCCAAAUCUCUGCGCUAAGUUUUAUGUGUGCUCUAAUGGGCGUGCCAUACCUCAUAGUUGCCCGAAUGUUCUCUAUUUCGAUAUUAAAAAGAAGGUCUGCAAUUUCCCCAGCCUAGUGGACUGUACGAGUGACGAGGAUUAUAGUACAGCUCCACAAAGUCCUUUGAGCCCGACCGAUGAUUCUCCAUCCGAACCAGAUGAUUCGCCAACUCCAGAUUGUAGUUUAUUCCCAAAUGGCGAAUAUGUUAGGCAUCCAAGAUCAUGUAGCAAAUUUUAUGUCUGCGCCAAUGGAAAGGCCAUCCCUAGACAGUGCCCCAAAGGUCUCUACAUAGACACUGAGAUAAAAUAUUGCAAUUAUCCCAGUCGCGUGAGAUGCACAAUCGAGGUUGCACCCAGCCCAAGUAUUUCAGUUAUUACAGGCACAGAGGUCAACUGUAUCAAUAAGAGAGAUGGAACCACUAUGCGGGACUCGGAGCUCCACAAUAAGUAUUACGUUUGCCGAAACGGCACUCCAGUUACCCAUUUCUGUGACCCAGGGAAAUGGUUUGACCUUAAUCGAGGGGUCUGCGACCAGAAGCAGUUGGUCGACCACGACCCAUUAGUGCCCUGGCUCUAAUUUCUUUAAUGAAAUAACAGAAUGUAUAACUAUAAAUGCAUAUAAAAGGUGUAGGGUUUUGCUAUUUGGAUAUGUAUAGGCUGCGAUAUAGUUAUGUAAGCAUA